AUGGAUUUGGAUCUGGGAACUAUAGUUCCCUUGUUGGUAGACUCAGAUACCCCAACUGACCACCAAGUGGCCAGAGUUGAGGCAUCCCAGAACGAGGAUGAGAAUGAGAACGAGGACGAGAGCGAAAACGAAAACGACGAGGAUGAGGAUGAGAACGAGGAUGAGGAUGAGGAUGAGGGCGGGGACGAAAUGGAUAUCAGCACCACUAGUUCGAUACAGUCUGACAUUGAAACCCUCCACCUACGAGUCCGCCCCGAUCCCCAAAACCCUUUGAAGCGAAUCAUAACUUCAGUUCUCUCCAACGGUGAAGAAGAUCCUCAUCUCCCUGCUCAAAGACUCUGGGAUAUGGAGCAGCAGCUACAAUGUGAGCUAGGCCCAGAGAGAUUCCUUACGUAUACGUUCAUAAUGCCGCCCCUAGAAACCAACAACACAGAUACAUUGCUCAUUGUGGAGUUUAUGGACUCAUGCCGGAGGUUCAAAUACGAGAAGUGCUGCGGGGUAUCUCAAUGGAACUUUCAGCCCCUAUUGGGUGGGGUAGAUCAUUCGCGAGGUGAGGAGUGGGACAUGGGAAAUCUUUAUGGCUUUAAACCGAGGAGGCAUGAUUUCUUUCGGGAGAUGUUAGUGCCUGUGACACUGAGGACAUAUCGGAAUCUGACGGCACUGCUAGAGCUGAGGGAUCCAUAUAUGAUCUGUGACGAAGCAGCGGAAAUUCAUGAACAUUAUUCUGUCAAGAUCGUCUUGAACCAGGAUAUAAAAGCUAAACUCGAGUUCACAAAGCAUUUGAUAUGCGGGAAUAUAGAGAUUGCUAUACUGUUCGAAGUCCUGGCUAAUGCAUACGAAGACCAAAGGGGACUUAUGCUUGGCAGAAUUGGCGCAGAUCGCAAGGUUACUGGAGAGGCGAUUUCGUAUUUGCAGGCAGUUCAAAGCGGAUGGAAAUUAGCAGAAAUUGGGUUUCCAACAGGGUUUACUCUGUAUCUUUUAGCAUUUUUCUGGAAAGAGUCAGACCGAAUGAAUCCCAUGCCUGUUGAUAGACGCCGGCUGUUCUGA